AUCAGGAUGAGACCAGCCUCUGUGUUUGUUUACAUCGAUUUUAUGCGAAUGACUUCGUACAAAAAUUCGAGCCUAAAAUGUCCUUUCUUAAAAAUAAAUUAUUCAGAUGGAAGCAAAAACAAAGAAUUCCUAAGAAAGAAUGGCCAGAACUUGUUGGAAAGGAUGCUGAAGAGGCAACUACAAUCAUUGACAAGGAGCAUCCAGGACUAAAAAUUCAAAUCAUUCCUGAAAACAGCUUUGUUAUUCGCAAUUUAGAAGAAAAUAGAGUCAGGAUCUUUGUGGACAGACAGCAAACAGUUACAAGGACUCCUCAUAUUGGAUGACAAAAAGACUUUUUUUUUUCAAAGUGAGAUAGUUUCACAAUGUGAGCCUGGAAUCAGCAACCACACUUAAGUGACUCAGUAAAUGGUUUAACCUUUGGACUAUCAAGAUGUUUUCCAGUGUGAACAUCAAGGAGGGAAUAGUCCUUUGUCUCCAAAUGACUGAAAUGUUCAACAUUGAGCCAGAGUGAAAGUUGUCAUCAGAUUCUAGGGAAGAAGUAUUGUAAAUUUCUACUUUAAAAUGGCUGUCACAAUCACCAGUGACUGUUGUUUUAAUGACCUGUGCACCCGAACAAUCACACUCCAAUGCCUUUAGGAGUGAUUAUGAAUGACAAACCUCACUUUAGACUGUCAGGUUAUGUCUUCUGACGUGACUACUGAUUUCAGUAGAAGUUGGGGGAAAUGUUAAAUCCAGUCUGUCUGUCUACUGCUUUCUUAGCAAUUUUUUGCUAGAUAUAUUGGUGAAAUAGCAUCUGCUUGUGAUGAGGCUUAUGCUCUCUGAGCUAAAGCUUGUGUGGUGCAAUUUUGACUGUUAGUAAUAGUUAAAAAGUAAAGUUACACAAAGCAAUAACUUUAUCACUUUUCAAAUUGCAAGUUUACUGUUUUUGAUAACCAGAUAGCUUUACACAAUUUACAACUUAUAUUUAUCACUUCCUUGGACAGAGACAGUGAAUUUGACAUACCGCUAAUUAUAGAGCAUUUGCUUAGCAAGUAAAGCAAGGACCUGUUUGUUCAUUACACAAUAAUAUUGUAGAGAUACUACUUCAAAUGACAGAUUUUUAAGAGGUUGUGAGAAAAAGACUUGUGUGUGAGUAAAAUGGGUGAUUGUAUUAUUUGUAAACAAGGCUAAGAAUUUAUCACUGAAAUAUAACAUUGCCUGUCACUUGCAAUCUGCUAGAUUAAAAAGAAUAAUAAUGCAAAAGAUUGCCUGUGCCAUAAUCAGUUUAGGGGAAACAGUUACUGAUAUCUGAGGAGUUCCUAUUGAAAUAUGAACUACCAAAACAUCAUAGAAAAUAUUAGAGGUUAUCAAUAAGUAUGAAGUGUAAAAAUAUUACAGUACCAUGGUUUGCCUCAAGAUUUAGGCCAUUACACUGUAAAAAGAGGAUCAUGAUGUUAAACUUCAUUCUACUUGUCUUCUUUCCAUUUAGAGGUCAACUAGUAUACCAUUGGAUGAUGUACAAUCGGUUGACCUUAAAACUGAAAGAAAAAUAGUAGUCUUCUGUCAAAAUUUCAUGGUCCACAUUGUAAUGGAGCUUGUCAUGGGACAAAUGUUCAUGAUACUUCACUAUUUUCAAGUAGUAUGUCAAGAUUUACCUAAGAUUCUGGAAUUUCAUGAAAAAUCACAUUGUUUGCAGCUACGAUUUAAACACUUAUUUUAUCUCAGUAGUAAUCCUCUUUCAUUCUAUUACCACCUUGCCUUUUACAUAAAAAAAAACAACAACUACCUACUAUGUCUGAUUGUCCACCUGGUUGCUGUGUGAACUUUAAUAUAUUUUACCUACUACUAUUUUGAUGUCAAAAGUUCUCUCAGUAUAUCCAUGCACCAUCAUAGCUAAUCUCUUGCAACCCUGGCAAUAAAAUCAGACCAGCUGAUUUUCAAGACUAACUUUUAGCACAGGAUACACUUCAUAUACUUUCCCAAGUUUACUAACAAUAUUCCACAGCAUUCUGAUAAAUUCUGUAA